GCGGUGAAGAUACCUCCAGCCUCAAUUAAACGUUGAAUUUAGUGAGUGAGUAAAUAGAGAGACUACACGGAUCUGUUGAUGACUGAGAGAGAUGGUAAAUAAGCGGGUUUCUUCCCACUUCCGAACAGCCAAGUUUCUCCCAAGGAAACCAUCUCCUUAUUCGAUCAUUAUCUACGUGAUCCUCCUCUCUGGCUUUUCAAUUUUUAUAUUUAUCUUCUAUAGUAACGAUGUAUUUGAAGAUGGACAAAAGCCACCCUUUUCAGGAGAAUCUCGAUCCCAGCAGAUUCCAGAGGAACAACUUUGGGAAGUACCUUUCAGCCGUGGUUUACAUCCUUGUGUCAAGCCUUCUUCUAAAUAUAAAGAUGCCGGAGGAUGGGAUCGCUAUUUAACUGUCAGAAGUAAUGGAGGAUUAAAUCAAAUGCGCACUGGUAUAUCUGAUAUGGUGGCUGUGGCACGCAUAAUGAAUGCAACAUUAGUAAUACCUCAACUGGAUAAACGCUCAUUCUGGCAAGAUUCAAGUGCAUUUUCAGAUAUAUUUGAUGAACAUCAUUUUAUCUCAACCUUAGAAGGAGAUGUGAAGGUAAUCAGUGAGCUUCCUAAGGAGUUGGAAUCUGUUCCUCGUGCCCGGAAGCACUUCACUUCUUGGUCUGGUUUGAGCUACUACGAGGAGAUGACAAAAUUAUGGAGUGACUAUCAGGUAAUUCAUGUUGCAAAAUCAGAUUCUCGGCUUGCAAACAAUGAUCUCCCUCUUGAUAUCCAAAGAUUGAGAUGCCGUGCUCUAUAUCAUGCUCUCCGUUUUUCUCCUCCAAUUGAGAACCUGGGAAAGAAGCUGGUGGAGAGGCUGAGAUCACGUGGAGGAAGAUACAUUGCUCUUCAUCUGAGAUAUGAAAAAGACAUGCUGUCUUUCACUGGCUGUACUUAUGGUCUUACUGAUGCGGAAUCUGAUGAGUUGAGAAUAAUGAGGGAGAGCACAAGCCACUGGAAAAUGAAGAAAAUAAACUCAACGGAACAGAGAAUUGAAGGCUUUUGUCCGCUGACGCCCAAGGAGGUGGGAAUAUUUCUUCAGGCUCUUGGUUAUCCUCCAUCAACAUUAAUUUAUAUUGCAGCUGGGGAAAUUUAUGGUGGUAACACUCACCUCUCAGAGCUCACGUCACGCUUUCCAAAUGUGGUUUCCAAGGAAUCAUUGGCGACCAAAGAAGAACUGAAAACAUUCAUCAAACAUGCUUCUCAAACUGCAGCACUUGAUUAUAUCAUCUCUAUUGAGAGUGACGUAUUCAUUCCCUCAUACUCAGGUAACAUGGCAAGAGCUGUUGAAGGGCACCGCAGAUUCUUAGGUCACAGGAAGACAAUCACUCCAGACAGGAAAGGUCUAGUUGAAAUAUUUGAUAAGCUGGAAAUUGGAUUGCUUAAAGAAGGAUCAUCUUUGUCAUAUCUUGUGAUGCAGUUGCAUAAGAAAAGGCAAGGAGCUCCAAGGAAAAGGGGAGGCCCCCUUCCAGGUAUCAAAGGCCGAGCACGAUUGAGGACUGAAGAAUCCUUUUAUCAGAACCCACACCCAGAAUGUAUAUGUAAUGUUCACAAAGCACCUUAAGAUGACGGAUUCACAACAUCAGCUUGAGAUUUCCUUCAAUUUCCAUAUCAUAUAACCGUUUCCAAUUCUAGACUAGCUCUAUGUUUUUUCUUUGUAAUAUAUAUAUAUAUAAUAUUAUUGUUUUUGCUAAUUUUAUUCGUAACUUGUAAAGCUAUCCUUUAUUGGGAACUUUUUUUGUUCCGAGUACAAAAAUCCUUCUAGUUUGUACACCUCUAAGAUGGAUGGUGAUAUGUUUUUAUAUGUGUAUGACCAGUGAAUUCAAUGGAGGAGGACAUGAACUGAUUGUUAACAACA